GCCAUUUAGAACAGCGUUUAGGAGCUCACUAGUGUCGACAAAAAUCGAAAAAGUGUCUGUUUGCACUACAUCACGAGUCUUCGGGAGAACUGAAGUAGCUAAUUUCUGGAAAAGCAUCGUGUGAAAACAUCCGAACUACUGUCGUACGGUGCUGAAAAAUAUAGGUUGAAGCUUGAUGAAGCUGUCAGGGCUGGAAGACACACGAGGGGUCAGACGUACGUUUUCAAACACGCGUGACCUCACGCUGAUGAGCCUAAUUCACACAUCCUCAAGGCCUUUCCCCUGAGCCCACCAAUCACAAUACCCUCCCACUUGACCUGCGACCCUCCACGGGGGUCUCCCAUUGGCUGCGUAGUGAAAGGAAAGAAGGAGACAUCCCUGCUGCUCAUCUCCAUCACAAUGGCAGCAUAUGUUUGUGGGCAUUUGAGCGCAUGGAGCUGGCAGAGUCCAUAUUAGACUGACGACAGAGACCAGGUGCCUGAACUCCACACACACAGAGACGAAAGAGAAAGUCAACGCUGUUUCCUGACGAACAGUCAUGGAAGUGAGGUAAAAGAGAGCGAAGAGGAGGAGGAAGAGAGGGUGAAGACAAGUUUAGCUUGCAGAACAGGCUCUUCCUCUAUCAUGAGCUCACAGCAUUGAUCCAGACACACCCGGCUCCUCGCCAUCCAUCAUAAGACCAACACUCCCCUCACGCUGCUCAAGGUCCACGCGUCCUCCUUUCCGCUUUUAGCCACCCAGUCCUUCAGGCAUGGACGAUCUCGCUUAAGUUGCCUGCGAACUACCUCUACAACAAGGCUGACUGUUUCCACUGAAGCAUCAGAGGUUGUCAGGCUGCUUCUCACUGAAGCUCAACCGUUAUCCAGGAGCUGGGGACAGCAGACGUGGCUUUUUAAAGAAAGACUUUAAAGUUUUCCAACCCUGCGGCAAAAGCAACAACAUGCUGCUGAUCGGCUACAUGUAAUUCCGCGGAUUUGGGGAUUUCUUCUCAUUCAAGUUCAUCAGUAGUUUUUAUAAACUGAGCUCUUCUGCACUGGGCGAAUUCGAAAAGAAAGAAGAAAACAAAAAAACUCUAGCGUAUUUUCAAAACAAGCUAAAAAGACAAAUAAUGACCUCCAAAGAAGACGCAAAAGGCGCCUCGGUUGAGGAUCGAAGGCGCAGUCCGUUGGACCAUCUUCCUCCACCUGCUAACUCAAACAAGCCCCUCACUCCCUUCAGCAUAGAGGAUAUUUUAAACAAACCUUCUGUCAAACGAAGUUACACAAUUUGCGGCACGGCGCACCUGCUUUCGUCCGGUGAGAAGCACGCUUCCACGGGCCAUCCCCUCUCCAACCGCGCGUUGCUCACCCAGACAUCUCCACUGUGCGCCCUGGAGGAACUCGCCAGCAAAACCUUCAAGGGACUGGAAGUCAGUGUUCUACAAGCGGCAGAAGGAAGAGACGGCAUGACACUCUUCGGUCAAAGGAAUACCCCUAAAAAGCGGAGAAAGUCGAGAACAGCCUUUACCAAUCACCAAAUUUACGAACUGGAGAAGAGAUUUCUCUAUCAGAAAUAUCUGUCUCCUGCUGAUCGGGAUCAGAUCGCUCAGCAGCUCGGGCUCACGAAUGCUCAAGUCAUCACCUGGUUCCAGAACCGUCGAGCCAAGCUCAAAAGAGACCUGGAGGAGAUGAAAGCGGACGUGGAGUCGGCCAAAGCAGUAGGCAAUGUACCUUUUGAGAAAAUGGCCAAACUGGCAGACCUAGAGAAAUGCGUCAAUGGCACUCUCGGAGAAUCAGUGUCCAAGUCACCUUCGCUAUCUAACCACGAACACGAGGGCACCAACAAACUCCACAUGUCACCGUCAUCACCGUUUACAGACCACACAACGAGCAAAGAGUGUUCGGAGGACGAAGACGAGGAAAUUGAUGUCGAUGACUGAUUUUCAUUGAACAGCGUCGGUAUUAUUUACCUACCUUUUUUCCUGAGAUGGUCCUCUAAAACCAUAGAGUUGAAAGUGCCAUUAAUGCACCAAAUGUAUUAAAUGACUUGUAUUAAAAGCAAAUAUAAAAAAGGAAAAAAAAAAUCAAAGCAAGCAUGGGACAGUUUCUUCAGAUCUAUUUAUGCAGUGGCAGUAUUGUAAUCAUUUAGCCUAUUCGUUUAAACAGAUAGCUGAAGAGCAAUAAGUACCUUGAUAAUAUUUCAGUCAGAUAUAAACAAACACACACACAUGAAGCACGAUUGCCCACGCAGAACAUUUUUACCCGGUUCUGACUAAGUUGAAUGCAUGUUUUAUUUUGUUCCACGAAAUUAUUUUUGUUCAAAAUGGCUGCAGAUCGUAUAUAGAGAAAUCAAACUAUCCGAUUCUUAAUUCACACACGCAGCCCCCCCCUGCGUGUCCCUAUUAUGCCUUUUGGCCUAUGACUAAAUCGUUUGAUAAAAGAGUGUAUUAUAGAACAUUUCCUACAAAAGCUAUCACGGGAAAAAAACGACUUCUCUGAUUAAAUCUGGAUUGUCACAUUUUAAUAUAUUUCUUAUGGUUUGUAUGCCUGUAAGUGCCUUUUUAAGCCAGGAAACCAUUUAAACCAAGUGUACAAAGUGUAAUGUAUUUAAAAUGAAAUAAAAUGUCUUUCUCUAAAUUUUUGACGUUAGUCUGAUAGUUUUAUUUAUCGUUUUGGAAAUAAGCAAUCGAGUUAAUAUAAGCAAAGCGUACAGCUUGUGUACAAUUGCAUUUUUGUUUUGUUUAGCUUUGUAGCCUACUUUUUAUUUCCUGCACCAACACUCUUUUAAGAAUGCUUUGAAUGUGUUUUAGAUGCGACAUUUUACGCUUUUGAUUUUCAAAAUGGCAUAACGUGUUUUCCAGUCCCCACGAUGUGUUUCAAUAUCCACAAUGGAUGUGUGUGAGAAAGCGAAAUCUGGAUUGAUGAAUGCGCGCAUAAAGGAUGGCCAAAAACGCAGGGUUUUUGGCCCGUUUCUCUGCGCUUGA